AUGAUCCUUUCUCAGAUCAUGGCCUUGAAUUUCUUCUCCGCUUCUCUUCACCCAAUUUCGAACCCAUCUUCCUCUUCUUCUUCGUCUCGAUCCAAGCACAAACACAUCCUUCUGCAACUCUCUACUCCUCCAGCAACACGCGUCCGUUCUGAGCGUAGCGAAAGCGGCGUCACUGACAACGACGGUGAUCCUUCUUCGUCUUAUUUCUCUGGUCCUUCUUCUUCUUCAUCAUCAGUACGCACACAACUAGAUCUCCUUGAGCAGCUAACUUCCACAAGCGACGGGUACGUGAGUGAUGGUGGUGGCGGCGGCUCAAGGGGACUCACAGUCCGUGACCAAUUGGCUGGGCUUGUUGGCGACAGAGACGAUGAUUUCACCAUUCCCUUGGGGAAAAACCUAAAGAAAGUGAGUCCUAAAUUCUUAACCAUCUCUCAGAAACGGAACAUCAAGAGGCAAACCUACCUCAACGAGGUCUCUCGGAGGAACGAUUCUGUCUUCUUUGCUACCAUCGGUGCCUUUUUCCCAAUGAUGGAGAAGGCAGAUUCAGGAGUUCCAAGAAUCGCCAAGCAAACCAAAUCCUCACUCAACCAAAUGAAGGUAUUCUCUGCCGGGAAGUUCCAAACUCCGCCGUCUGCGAAAGCAAUCCCGAGCUCAGGCAGCUCGAAGUUGUUCUCCUCUGUGCCAGACACGUUGAAGCAAGGAUCUAGGAUCGGGAAAUCUCUAAUCACCGGGUAUGUCAAGAGCUUCGCCGUUGAUUAG